AUGCCAAAUGUGCUUGUCGUGAAAACCGACCUUACAAAGACUCCAAUAUCCCAUGUGUCUUUGCGCUGUGGGGCCCAGCUGAAUGGCACAGAGGUCCACUGGGAGAAGAACGGAGUUGCUUUGUCACAAAUGGGGAACCACAUUACUGUCACUGUGGUGGAGAUGCAUGGGGGAAACUUUACAUGUUAUGACCACACUACAGGAAGUUAUCUCAGCCAUACACUGGUGCUUGUUCAGCCACUUAAGUAUCGCCCCAUGAUUUUGGUGACGUCUCACCAUUCAGAACACAUUGAGUGUGUAUCAAAAAAUUACAGCGGAGAGUUUCACUGCUCAUGGAAAUGGAAUCCCAUUCGGAACGGAAUGGUAGUGUCCUUCAGCGCAAUGCGCUCCUCAGGUGAAAUCAACUGUUCCCUAGACAGCGAUGGCUCUGGGCUGACCUGCAUGGACCCAAACCAGUGCCCUUACGCUGAGGAGAAGAAUCGCAUAGACCUCACCCUAUUUGUCAGAAACAAGUAUCGUCUAGAGGAGUACAGCAGGCGCUUCUAUCUUCAUGAAAUUGUCAAGCCAGAGAAAGUGAACAUCAGCAGGGUUAAGGAAGGUGAAUUUGAGUGGCAUUAUCCAGACACGUGGAACAGGCCGUGCUCAUACUUCUCGCUUGUGUUCGAAGUGAAAGUGGUGCCUCUUGGGAAGAGCUGCGGUCAUGAAGGAGGCAACGCUGAGGUAAUGACCGAUCAAACAAGUUUUAAGGUUGAUGAUAACUCCGCAUAUACCUUUUGUGUGCGGGCCAAGGAUCCCCUCACCAGCAGUGCAAUUUGGAGCGACUGGAGUCACUAUGAGUGA